AUGCUCAGGUCCGCUGGCUUAUUGUCUCUCCUGUCCUCUCCUUUGCGGUUCGGCAAUCCUGCUUUCGCAAGGUAUUCUUCCGGAGCCGCCCAUACUCUUAAAGUCGCCAAAGAUAUACAGGAUGCAAGAUCAAAACUUGUCUUAGGUGGUGGGAAGAAGCGUAUCGAUUCCCAACAUAAGCGUGGUAAGCUUACUGCUCGUGAAAGGAUUGCACUUCUUGCCGAUCCUGGGUCUUUCGUUGAGUAUGAUGGAUUCAUGGAGCAUGACUGCAUAGAGUUUGGGAUGCAAAAUGAAAAGAUCCUAGGAGACAGUGUAGUCACUGGUCGUUGUAAAAUCAACGGUAGAUUGGUCUACCUAUUUAGGUUGGUGAAAUUUUUAAUCGUUCUCGUAUUUAAUACUUUCUCAAUUUAG